CUGGUGUACUGCGGCGGGAGAGUUCAAACUUCUUCCAGGAAGUCUGUUAGUCCGGUAAAGCCGAAUUUUGUGACAGAACCGGAGCGAACAUGGUGGACUGCGGAACUCGGAACCGCUUAAGAUAUGAGCGUCUGACUGCGGACCAGAUGGAUGAGCAGCGGGUUCAGAAUGUGGCCUAUCAGUACCUGUGCAGACUGGAAGAAGCCAAGAGGUGGAUGGAGACGUGUCUGGAGGAGGAGCUUCCAUGUCCCACUGAGUUGGAGGAGGCCCUGAGGAAUGGUGUUAUUCUUGCCAAGCUGGCCCAUCGAUUUGCUCCGACAGCUGUCCCACUCAGGAAGAUCUAUGACACAGACCAGCAGCGCUACCAGGCACUUGGACUUCAGUUCCGCCACACAGACAACAUCAACCACUGGCGAAACGCUUUGACUGCGCUCGGACUGCCUGCAAUCUUCCACCCGGAAACCACUGAUGUUUACGAUAAGAAGAACAUGCCCAGAGUGGUCUACUGUGUCCACGCACUUAGCCUUUACCUGUACAGACUGGGAAAGGCUCCACAAAUCCACGACCUCUAUGGAAAGGUCAAGUUCACAGAUGAAGAGAUCACCAACGUGAAGCAGGAGCUCGAUAAAUAUGGUAUCCAGAUGCCGGCAUUCAACAGGAUCGGAGGAAUACUGGCCAACGAGCUGUCUGUGGACGAGGUAGCUGUUCAUGCAGCAGUGAUCGCCAUCAAUGAAGCUGUGGAAAGAUGUGACACUGAGGCCACAGCGGAUGCUCUGAGGAACCCUGCAGCUAUGCUGUGUGACCUCCAGGAGGCACUGAUGACAGUUUAUCAGGAGAUGCUGUGCCAGGCCAAAAGACACAAGGCGGAGCUGGCAGCAACUACGAGUGCUGGCUCAAUGGAGAAGGACAUCUAUGAAGAAUACCUGACCUGGAGAGAGAUCCAGGACAACAUUGACUUUGCAAACGUUCACUCAGCUGUGGAGCAGGUGGAUGAGGCUCUGGACCGUGCGGAUGAGCUCACGCUCCUCGCUGCCCUGCAGCUGCCCUGUCUGGCCCUCAACGGCCUGCGGACUGAGAAUGGUCCAUGGUAUCUGGACCAGCUGGCAAUGGAUCGCCAUCUGAAAGCCACUGACCAGGGUUCUGUGGACCCGCUGGAGACUGCUGAGCUACAGGAUGGUGUGAUCUUCGCCAACCAAGAAGCACAGCGCUCCAGAAAUGUGCAGGCAGCGGUGCAGUGCGUUAACGAGGCACUACGCCACGGUGACCCCAGACAAACGGUCAACGCUCUCAUGGCCUCCGACCUUCAACUGCCAGAGGUGUUUAACUUUGCUGCAAAGCUGUACCAGAUGGAGCUGCUGCAGCUGCAGAGGAAGACUCCACAGGGGGAGCUGCAGCAGGAGGAGCUGUUUGUUGCUGUGGAGAUGUUGUCAGUGGUUGCGGUCAUCAACCAGGCUUUGGAGUCCAGAAACCUGGAGGAGUUCAGGUUGUCCUUUGAUAGUCCCUCUGCAGGACUUGUUGACAUCGACGGCACACUGUUGGACAGGUACUUCACGACACUGUGCCAGCUGAAGCAGCGGGCUGGCAGAGGCUUUCUGACCUGGAAUCAGCUGCAGGAAGGAAUCAACUCUGUGAACGCUUCAGUGCACGAUGAGCACAACCAGGUCCUGGCUGUCAGGCUGAUUAAUGAGGCUCUGACCAGGGAAGACCCUCUGAAGACACUUGCUGCCCUUAUGCUGCCCUCUAGUGGUCUAGAGGAUGUCGUAGCAGCCAACACGUGCCGUUAUCACGUUGUGCUGUGCCAUGCCAGACAAUGCAAAGUCAAGGUGAGCCGAGACCUCGGUGCUGAGCUGUGGCUGGCUGAGAUCCAGGAAGCAGUGAGGAGAGCCAAUCAGCAGACACAGAAGACUCUCAAGUUGUGUCUGGCUGUGGCGGCAGUCAAUCAGGCGGUGAAGGAGAACAGGCCCAAGCAGACUCUGCGGGUCCUCUCUCUACCAGAGAUGGCGCUGCAGAGCGUCAUUGCUGAUCAUGCUGAAGAGUAUCAGAAGAAGUUAAGUCUCCUGCUCCAAGAGAAGAUGCUCACAGGAGACAACAGGAGUCCGUGGGUUCGAGUCCGACUGGACGAUGGGGUGAGUUACUUCUUCCACCUGAGCAGGCUGGAGGGCAGCUGGGACAAACCGCAAUCUUUCAUCCACAACAGUGUGUUCCUGGACUACUGUGAGAUCCAGGCGGUGGUUGACAGUGUGUCAGACUCGUACAGUCGCAGUGUUCUGUGGCGGCGCAGCGAAGCCCUCGUCAUUCGCCUUCAGGCUUGCUGUCGAGGUUUCUUGGUCAGAAGGAAUCUAGAGGCUCAACGGCGUUUUCUGCGCAUCCACACGCCUGCUGCCAUCAUCAUCCAGUCACAUUGGAGGAGGUUUGUCCAGCAGAGGGUGUACAGACGCCGGCUGCAGUUUCUGUACCAGAACUGGAGAUCAGUGCUGAAGAUCCAGGCUGCUGUCCGGAUGUGGUUGCAGAGGAGGAAAUACAGAGCUCUGCUGGAUUUCUUCAGACACCACGUGGAUGCCAUCGUAAAGAUCCAGGCCUUCUUCAGAGCCAGCCGAGCACGGGAACAGUACAGGCUGCUGGUGCACUCGGCUGCGCCCCCUGUCUCUGUGGUCAGAAGGUUCAUCCAUCUCCUUGAUCUGGGUGACUGCGACAUCCGAGAAGAAGUGGAGGUCCUGUGCCUGCGGGAGGAAGUCGUGAGAAGUAUCCGCUUCAUCCGACAGCUGGAGGCAGACCUCAAUCUGAUGGACUUGAAGAUCGGCCUGCUGGUCCGUAACCGCACCACGCUGCAGGAAGUAGUGUCUCACUGUAAGAAGCUGACAAAGAAGAACAAAGGCCAUCUGUCUGACAUGAUGGACCUGGAGAGAAGUAAAGGCCUGAAGGCUCUGAGCAAAGAAAGGCGAGAGAAGUUGGAGGCCUACCAAAACCUCUUCUACCUGCUGCAGACUCAGCCUCAGUACCUGGCCCGGCUGAUCUUCCUGAUGCCUCAGUGUCGCUCCACCAGCUUCAUGGAGAUGGUGGUCUUCAUUCUUUUUAAUUACGGUGCCGACCACAGAGAGGCCUUCCUGCUUCUGCAGCUCUUUACGACCGCUCUGCAGCAUGAGAUCAGGCUGAAGGUGGACCGACCUCAGGAUGUGGUGAUCGGUAACCCAACAGUCAUCAAGAUGCUGGUAAACUUUUAUCGCCACACUCAUUGUCAAACCAUGGGCCACGAGACACAAGCCCUGGAUGUCCUCGCAUGAAACUGGACCUGGAUUAACCAGACUGAAACCCAGUCUGGUCACAAAAGUUCACUGCCCUACAGCAUCAGUCCUGAAGAGGCUCUGUCUCACCCUGAGGUGCGGCGCCGUGUAGACAUCGCCAUCAUCAACCUGAAGAACCUGACUGACAGAGUCCUCAAAGCGAUCACCUCCAACCUCACCAAACUUCCAUAUGGUUUUCGUUACACCGCCAAUGUGCUGAGAGACACUUUGAGGGCCAAGUUCCCUGAAGCCAGCAAGCACGACAUCUACAAGAUCGUGGGGAACCUGGUCUAUUAUCGCUACAUGAACCCAGCCAUUGUUGCCCCUGAUGGCUUUGAUGUGGUUGACCGCACCGCUGGCUCCACCCUGCUGCCGGAGCAGCGGCACAUCUUGGGCUCCAUUGCCCGCAUGCUGCAGCACGCUGCUGUCAAUAAGCAUUUCCACGGUGAAGGCGACCAUGUCUGUGCCCUGAACGAGUACAUCAGCCAAAGCCACGCCAGGUUCAGGAAGUUCCUGUGUGCAGUGUGCGACGUCCCCAAACCGGAGGAUCACUUUGGCAUUGACGAAUUCUCAGAGAUGCUAAACGUCCACAAACCCAUCAUUUACAUCUCUGUGAGUGAGCUACUCGACACCCACAAGUUGUUGUUGGAGCAUCAGGAUGUUUUGUGUUCUGAUCCCUCUGACCCUCUGAGACUCCUGCUGAAGGACCUGGGAACCAUUCCUUCCGUGCAGGAACUUACCGGAUCUUCUACUGAUCCAGGAUCAUUGUCAGAACGAGUCCCCGGCAGUAAGACUGAGAUUUCUCUGACUCUCACCAACAAGUUUGACAUCUUCACAGACUCUGAGGACAGAGCAGACACCCGAGGACUCCUGUUCAGUACCAAGCAGCUGAUUGUCGACAUCAUCAGGAGUCAGUCAGGCGACACUCUGAGUGAGAUACUGAGCUCGUCAGCGUCACAGCACCAGAAGAUGUGCCAUGAGAGGCUCAUGAAGCAGCGCGAGCUGGCAGACGCUUGCACACCUGAAAAGAUGAAGAGGAAUCAGUCGCUGGUGGCUAACAGCAGGCUGAGUCUGGAGGAGAAGAAAAGGAAGAUUGUGAGGAGUCUUCGUCGAUUGGAGGGGCUGGGAGUCCUCACAGCGGGACGGGCAGACAGCCAGAUCCUGCAGAUGAUAGCAAAGGACAUACGUCACCAGCGUCUGCACCGACAACGCCGGAGGGCCCAAAUCCUAAAGCUUCGCCAGACGCUCAGCAGUCUACAGGCCAAGAGCAGCUUCCACAGUGAGCAGAUCGACUACUACAGACAUUACACGACCUCCUGUCUGGAAAACCUCAGCACCAGCAGCAAACUGACCAAUAAAAAAGCAGACAGCAGAUGGAAGAAGAAGUUGCCUGUUCUGAGCUACAGCGCCACCCAGCUACAGGAGAAAGGAGUUCUGCUGGAGAUAGAAGACCUGCCUGCAACACAGUUUAAGAAUGUCGUCUUUGACAUCGUUCCCGGGUUGGAGAGAGGAAGCUUCACAGUUAAAGCUCGAUUUCUGGGGGUUGAGAUGGAAGAGUUCCUGCUCAGGUACCAGGACCUGCUGCAGCUGCAGUAUGAGGGCGUGGCCGUGAUGAAACUGUUUGACAAGGCAAAGGUCAACGUCAACCUCCUCAUCUUCCUCCUCAACAAGAAGUUCUUCAAGAAGUAGCCCCAGUGAGGCGCCUGCCUGCGUGUAUUUGAUCUGAUCACUCUAUUGAUUGGUUAUUAGUAUUUUUGAAAUGAGUUUUGCUUUUAUCAGAAUCAGAGUCUAAACUGAACUCACCACUCAAUAUUUUCAAAACAAACCUUUAUGAGAACAUGACAAAGAAAAUGACAUCAUAAAGCCAAUAUGAGGUAUAGUCCUUUG